UUUUUUUUCUUUUUUUUUUUCCUAAUGACCCUUGCCUUUUCAUUAACCCGCCGCAUAGCUCAGCGAGGAGCCUUGUCUAAAUGUGCCAUUUCUUCUCUCCGCUAUACCAACAGAAGUAGUAGCAGCAGUAACCAGUUCCAUAGUUCUUCUUGGUUAUCUAGAGCCGCAGUGAUUGAAUGGGGCUACGGUUCAAAGGAAAUGAACGUCUUUGAUAGUGAUUCUAUUUCCGCGCGGGGUCCUUAUCAAACACGGAUAGCAGCUGGAGCAUCACAUCGUCUGAUCGCAUUGAUGGGUGAGGGCGAGGCAGGGAUCUUGGGCGGGGGUAUGAACCAUAGCGGACAACUCGGUAACGGAGCUCGGAAUGAGGAGAGUACAUUCAGCGCUAUCGACGUGUCUGGUUUAGAUAUCCUGGCGGUCGCAUGUGGGCGUGAACAUUCCAUGUUGCUCGCAACAGCACAGGAUUUUAAUGAUAGCAAAAGCAGCAGCGAUGGCGAAAAGGGUGUUGGUGCAGCCAACCCUGCAGGGGCUGAACCUUUACAGUCACCAGUAUCCUCGUCAUCAUCAUCAACACUUCCCAAAAGAACAAUUUUGUUUGGGUUUGGAAACUCAAUGUAUGGGCAAUUGGGAUUAGGAGGAUCAAAGGACACGUUGGGUAAAGAACUAGGAGGGCAGGAAGUUCCUGGAUUUGUAUUUGAGCCAUCACCUACUGCAGUCGAUUUACCAGACUCAAACGAGAAUAUUACCCAAGUGCAAUGUGGAUUAGACCAUACAAUCGUCCUUACAGAUCAAGGGAAUCUGUAUUCAAUGGGAUGGGGUGCAGACGGUCAAUUAGGCUUGGGACCAGAAUCAAGUUCUGAUCGUGCACUUCCCACGUUGAUCGAACGAUUGAGUUGGAAAGCAAAAGGAAAGGAGGUUGGGCGUAUCAAACAAAUAUCGUCUUCGACAGAUUUUACUCUAGCGCUGCUAGAAAGCAACCAACUAUGGAUCUGGGGGAAUGCCGAAUAUGGCCAAUGCAUGGUUAAUAAGAAGAUUGAUAGGAUUCUCGAGCCAAUGCAUAUUCCACAUCCUAUUCCAGAGUCAGAGACGAUUGAGGCCGUUGCUGCAGGUGGUACAUUUGGUUUGUUGCUGACCAAAUCUGGAAAAGUAUACACAUGCGGAUAUGGCGCCUUGGGCUUAGGUCGUGACAAGACUCAUGUCCUUAUGCCUGAGCAAAUUACUGCCUUGUCAGGGAUUCGUCGAGUCGUUGCCAGUACAGAUUAUGCAGCUGCAAUCGAUGACAAAGGGAGUCUAUACACUUGGGGCACAUGUGGCAAGACUGGACGAUUGGGGCACGGUGAUUUUGAACAUUGUUUUGAGCCACGUAAGGUCCGCAUGCCACAGGAGCAAGACGGACGUAAGGUAGUUGUCCAUGAUGUAGCCUUGGGACAAAACGGUGCUUUAGCCCUUGUUGAGUAUGAUGAAUGAGCUGUAGCGAGCGAUGAUAUACAAAUGUGUAAAAUAAAAAAAUAGACGGGC